AUGGGGGCGAUGGCGCUGCACGUGCUGCUCCUGCUGCUGGCGGGCGCCCUGGCCCCGACCCAGACCCGUGGGGGUUCACACUCGCUGAGGUAUUUCUUCACCGCUGUGUCCCGGCCCGGCCACGCGGAAACCAGGUUCACCUCUAUCGGCUACGUGGAUGACACACAAUUCGGGUGCUUCGACAGUGACGCAGAGAAUCCGAGGGCCGAGCCACGUGCACCGUGGGUGGAGCAGGAGGGGACAGAGUAUUGGGAGCGGCAGACACAGAGAGCCAAGGACUUGGAGCAGACUUUCCGAGUGGGCCUGAGGAUCUUUAUGGGCGCCUACAACGAUAGUGAGGGCGGCUCUCACACACUCCAGCACUUGUAUGGCUGCGACAUGGGGUCAGACGGGAGCUUCCUCCACGGGUACAUGCAGUUCGCUUAUGAUGGCCACGAUUACAUCGCACUAAACGAAGACUUGAAAACGUGGAAGGCGGCAGACGUGGUGGCGCAGUUCACCCGAUGCGAGUGGGAACAGGCUGGUGUUGCAGAGCGAUACAGGGUCGACCUGGAGGGCGAGUGCAUGGAGUCGCUCAGCAGACUCCUGGAGCUUGGGAAGGAGACACUGCUGCGCUCAGAUUCCCCAAAGGCACAUGUGAACCAUCACCCCAGAUCUGAAGGUGAUGUCACCCUGAGGUGCUGGGCCCUGGGCUUCUACCCUGCUGACAUCACCCUGACUUGGCAGUUGAAUGGGGAGGAUCUGACGCAGGACAUGGAGCUUGUGGAGACCAGGCCUUCUGGGGAUGGAACCUACCAGAAGUGGGCAUCUGUGGUGGUGCCUCUUGGGAAGGAGCAGAAUUACACAUGCCAUGUGUACCAUGAGGGUCUGCCUCAGCCACUCAUCCUGAGAUGGGAGCCUCCUCCAUCCACCAACUACUACAUGGUGAUAAUUGCUGUUCUGGUUGUCCUUGGAGCUGUGGCCAUCAUUGGAGCUGUGGUGGCUUUUGUGAUGAGAAGGAGAAACACAGGUGGACAAGGAAGAGACUAAAUUUCACCUCCAUGUAUGUGUGAGAAACGGGAUUAUCCCUCAGGCCAUUGGAGUGAAGCUGGAGAUGAUGGGGAGCGCUGGAAAUCCAUAAUAGCUCCUCCAUUCUAAUUGUCUGGGGGCCUAGAUCAGACCUUCCUAUGUAUAUAUCUCUGUAUAUUUUUUUUUCACUAAGCCACCUCAACUCUUGAUUCUUUUUAAAAUUUUUUUAUUAUGACAAUAAAACAAAAUUUUACUUCUUU